CGGUGCUCUAGUGCUCGGCCUCAGCGCUUGGGCAGUCCUGCGAGUCACGACCAUCAUCUCCGUGUCCUGUCCCUUCGACAUGUGCAAGAACUCGACCUCAGAGUCAACUUCCAUCGUAGCUAUCCAAACUGGAAGAUGCGAAGCAUCGACGCCUCCGGUUCCCGUGGAGCUACAGAUGACCAUCAUCGACAAUCUGCACGAUGAUAAGGACGCUCUGGCCCGCUGCGCUCUCGUCUGUCGCUCCUGGCAAGCACCCAGCCAACGCAACCUAUUCUUCGGCCUCCAUCUGUACGCAGACCAUCGCUGCAAUGACUAUUGCCUCGAUUGCAAUGGCGAGCCUCCCUCUGGACGGGCCCUUGUGGAUGUGAAGGAAUUCCUGGUCGGUACUCCGCGCAUUGGUUCAUACAUCCAGAAGGUUCUCUUCGUUGGGUCAGUAUCUCGCGAUGGCGAUUACUUUCUCAGGGCGAGUUUGGUAUUGGAUAUACUCAAUGCUACUCCUCGCCUCCGCGUCCUGGAGUUCCACCACAUUGUUAUUCGCGGCGAUUUACCUGCGGCUGAACUCGCAGAUAACCUCUUCACAUUCGUAUCAGCUAUUCCUUGUCUCAAGCGGCUCGUUUUCAACAUGACGGACGUGUUCGAGUCCAUGACACCUUUCGUGGCAAACUCAUCAUCUCUUCCCAUAUCCCCGGGCUUCUCACAGAGUGCCGUCAGUGCAGAACCCGAUGGUUCCAUGCACCCAUUCUCCUUACCUCUUGAGUGCCUGGAGAUUAUCAGCAUGCAUACCGGUGAUUUUGAAAUUGAGCCAGUGCUCAGUGCUACGAUCGCGCGACCCGGCAGCCUCAGCUCCUUGCGACACCUGGCUAUCGAUCUUGCCUGCGAACAUCCUCGUCGGUUACGAAACCUCAGUCGCUUCAUUGGAGCAUUAGGAUCUUGUCUGAACGAACUUUGUUUGGAUUUCUCGAAUGCAUUCGGUGCCGAUCAAAAUAGCUACGCUGAAGGUGUGCACUUAAGCGGUACAUCUCAAGUACAUUAG